AUGGAGGCCAUUAGACUUCAAAAGAAAUAUCCAGAAGUAUCAAAAGAUGAAAUGUUUGAUCUUGUAAAUCGCUUCAAUGCGAUCAGCACCAACACGCCAGGUCGCGUUGACAAGAGUACUGUUCUCCAAGCGCUUCAGAACAGCGGGGAAUCGUAUGAUCAGGCUCGAGAGACUCUUAAACAUGUCUCUGUCGAUGCCAGUGGCAAAGUCGAGCUCGAAGACUGGGUGGAGCUCAACGUCAAACUGCGCACCCAAACCAAGGCUGCCGUCCUUCCUACACGGGCAGGAAAAGUCACUGUCAAAGGCUCAAACGCAAAUGUCAGUCAUACGAUCAACGAAGACGAGCGCACCGAAUUCACGAAUCAUAUCAACUCGGUCAUCGAAAACGACCCAGACAUCGGCAACCUUUUCCCAAUCCCUACUUCAACGAUGCAAAUCUUCGAGGAGUGCAGGGACGGUCUCAUCCUCUGUAAACUUAUCAACGAUUCCGUCCCAGACACCAUCGAUACACGUGUACUGAACAAGCCGACUGCACGAAAGCAGUUGAACACAUUCCAGAUGACGGAGAAUAACAAUAUCGUGAUCGCAUCUGCCAAGGGUAUUGGAUGCUCUGUGGUCAAUAUUGGCUCGUCUGAUAUCGCGGAGGGGCGGGAGCAUUUGAUCCUUGGGCUUAUUUGGCAGAUCAUCCGACGGGGAUUGCUCGCCCAAGUCGAUAUCAAAAUCCACCCUGAGUUGUACCGGCUGUGCGAGGACGGCGAGACCAUCGACGAUCUCCUACGGCUGACACCAGACCAAAUUCUCCUUCGCUGGUUCAACUACCAUUUGAAAGCAGCAGGGUGGAAACGGAGAGUCAACAACUUCAGCCGUGACGUCUCAGACGGCGAGAACUACACCGUGCUCUUAAACCAGCUCAAACCCGAUCAAUGCUCCCUCGCACCCCUCCAAACCAAAGACGUCAGACAACGCGCAGAGCAAGUACUUCAAAACGCCGAGGCCAUCGGCUGUCGCAAGUAUCUCACGCCUUCAUCCCUCAUCUCCGGUAACCCUCGUCUCAACCUCGCCUUCGUUGCGAACCUCUUUAACACCUGGCCUGGCCUUGAGCCCCUGGACGAACAAGAAGCUAAAGAUUAUGGCGCCGUUGAAGACUUUGACGCAGAGGGAGAGCGUGAAGCACGUGCUUUCACGCUAUGGCUCAACUCCCUCGGCGUCGAGCCAGCAGUGUUCAACCUAUUCGAGAACUUACGAGAUGGCCUCAUCAUCCUCCAAGCUUUCGACAAGAUCUCGCCUGGGUCUGUAGUAUGGCGUCGCGUCUCGAAGCCCAAAGGUGGGGCACAAGCUGCGCCCCCGACAAUGCUUGACGAAGAGGAGCAGCAAGAUAUCGGUGUCACCCCCAACCAAAGCACUCUCUCCCGCUUCAAGCAAGUGGAGAACACCAACUACGCGGUAGAGCUUGGGAAACAGAACGGGAUGCACCUCGUCGGCAUCCAAGGCGCUGAUAUUGUGGAUGGCUCCAAGAAGCUCGUUCUGGGUCUUGUGUGGCAGUUGAUGAGGUUAAACAUCACAAAGACCCUAAUGGCGCUCUCUAAGACCGGAAAACCCAUCAGCGACACAGACAUGCUCAAAUGGGCCAAUACAACCGCACAACAAGGCAAAUCUGGCGUACGACCCAUCCGAUCGUUCAAAGAUCCAGCCAUCACCACUGGAUUAUUCUUCCUCGACCUUCUUGAUGCGAUGAGACCGGGUAUCGUGGACCCCUCUCUGGUGAAUAAUGUCACCGAGAGCGGUGCUUAUGAGGAUCGGAGGCAGAAUGCGAAAUUGGCCAUUUCAAUCGCGAGAAAGAUGAACGCGCUGAUUUUCUUGGUACCAGAGGAUAUAGUGGAUGUUCGCCCGCGACUUAUCUUGACGUUCGUUGGUAGUUUGAUGAGCAUUUCGCAGUGA